AUGAGCGUGCCUAAAUCGCUCUCAACUGUGCGCGAUAGACCAGUGACCACCAAUCCUGAAGGACGCAGUGCACUGUGGAAACCGAACGCAUGUAAGUUAAAUACUGGGACGUCGACACACUGGGAUAGAUUCCGGAAACAAACCACCAGAGUUUUAAGAUUAGAAGUAGGUGUCGAUCUCCUUAUGGAAAAAAUGGCAUCACUCCUCAAGCAUAACAAAAUUAAACCCCGGAACAUAAUCAAAAGGCAUGAAAAAAUCAAUAAACAGGACCACAGAAUCCUCAAGAAACCGGGAAAAGGCAAUGGGCUCCACGUUCAGCGAAGCAGAAAGAGGCAAUGAAGUCGUUAGACAAAUCUUCCGACUCAAAAGAAAUAGACGGGAACAAAAGAAAACAGACGGGAAUGAAAGCAUCUCUCGCGUUUCCCAAAGAUUGGCAAAUGCGGGGCAUACAGAGCUCAUCUGUACCAAAAUAAGGCAGCGAUCGACGACACCAGGAAAAACUGUACACCGUAAUCGUAUGGAUUCACCUAAACGACAAAAGAGCGCUAGCAGCCCUCUUUACGCAUGUCCAUUGGACUUUAAUGCAACAAGCCAUGCAAAAUGACAAAGCGAAUGCGCAAAAGCGGUCAUCACGGAAUGCCCAACUUGGCGACAGACCUGAACGUUUCCAGUCUAACAACAUACCCGCUGGGCGCUAGUCGAACGGACGGAAUGUUAGAAGAAGUAGCUACUGUUAAAAGACCCAAGGCGAUUUUUGAGAAACAACCACUAAACUCUUCGCUUGAUAGUAGUGUGUGCACAAUAAUUGAAGUAGAACCAAACCCGUGAUGCAAACCACCAUAAAUAGCAGAAAGCCAGAUAGCGAGAUGGGUUUUUUCCCUGAAAGAUCACUUUUUGUUGUGCUCAAGGGAGUCUCUGAGGCUACUGGCGAAACCGCAAAGGAAAGGGUCAAGCAGGACAUUCUGGCAUUCCAAAAUUUGCUAAAUGACUUUGAAGAAUCCGGUAAAGUGAUGAAAUACAAAAGAUCUUUCGUUUGGGGCUUGUAGUCAGAGGCAACGCAGAGAAGAUGCGACCAAGGCCGCUAAAAGUAGUCUUGGGGAACAAGUAGAAGGCAGAUCUGGUCUUAUGUCGAAAGUCCAGACUACGAAACAACAAUCUUGGAGUGUUUUUUCAGGCAGGUUACACUAGCAUCAAUCGAAUUGAAAGGAAAACACUGGUAGCAGAGCUAAAAAGGCGUCAGAACAAGGGAGAAGAGAAUCAGAAAAUCAUAGGCAACAAAAUCAUCAAAACGGAACGCAGGUUUCUAUGGAAACAUCCGGAGGAAUAGACGGUUACCACGCCAGUCACCGGUUCCAUCGAACACUUGUGAGUCUGAAGACAGACAGUGAACCGGUUAUUUCGUGCAAAAUGGACAUCAACAACUGUCGGACGCAAGAACAACAAACAAUUUUCAGAGACCCAGAGAUCCAAAAAACAUGACGACGACGACGACGAUGAUGAUGAUGAUGAUGAUGAUGAUGAUGAUGAUGAUGAUGAUGAUGAUGAUGAUGAUGAUGAUGAUGAUGAUGAUGAUGAUGAUGAUGAUGAUGAUGAUGAACACAAACGUACAGAGUCUUCUUAA